UAAUAGAUACGGCGACCAGCGGCUGGGAAGUUCACAGAAUGCCGUAUAGACCAGCCAACUUCUACGAUGCUGAUCUCAAGAUCUGGAGUGGUGGCAAAUUGGAGUACUACUUUGACCCACACUUGUCGAUCGGGGAGAUAAUCUUUGAGGAGAUGCGGCGGCAUCCACAGCUCAUAGCUCAAAUCUCGGCUACGGAGAACACGAUACUGACCAGGGCGGAGCUCCACGACAACUCAAUGCACCUGGCCAGCUUUAUGCGAUCCGAGGGACUUCUCCAGUCCGACGUGGUGGGCAUCAUAGGUAGAAAUACCACCCACAUGUCCGCUGUUGCCUACGCCUGCUUCUUCAAUGGAAUCGCCUUCCACUCACUCAACAUUUCGUACGAACAGAGCACCAUCGAAAAGCUGUUCAAGAUUACCAAGCCCCGACUUAUUUUCUGCGAUGGGGAUGAGUUCGAAAAGGUUCGAGCUGCCACAGCUCAGCUUAAAGUGAAGAUCAUCACCAUGCGCAAUCACCCUUCGGAUUCCAUCAGCAUCGAUGAAGUUCUGAUCACUCGCAUUGAGGAAAACUUUCGGCCAGCUCGACUGGAACAGGGCAACGAUCAGACCUUGGCAAUUCUUUGCUCCUCCGGCACCACGGGGAUUCCGAAGGCUGUCACCAUAACAAAUAGUCGACAGAUCCUUAACUCCAGCCACACGCUGACCACCAACGAUGUUCAGUACACACACAGUACGCUUGACUGGAUUACCGGGCUUUUGACCACCGUCACCUCCGGCGUCUUUAGCACCAAGCGAAUCAUAGCGGAUAACACUUUCGAUCCAGCAUUCUUUAUGCGACUUGUGGAGGAGCACCAGAUCACGUGGAUAAUCCAGGCGCCGGCCCACAUGGCCAUGAUGGCCAACUCACCAGCUUUUGGUACCUCAGACCUGUCCAGUUUGCGAUACUACCUCUUCGGGGGAUCUCGGGCUUCGGUGGAGACGCAGCAUCUCAUCCGGAGCCGCCUGAGCAAGGACUGCCUGCACUUUGCCUACGGGUUCACUGAACUGGGCAGCAUGGCCUCCAUAAACUUUCACUUCGACGAGAAGCCCAACUCGGUGGGUCGUUUGGUGACGGGGAUGAAGCUGAAGGUAAUCUGCGAAAAGGGAGAGUCCCUCGGGCCCGAUGAAGUGGGUGAGCUAUGCCUCUGCAAUGACCAGUACUGGGCCGGGUAUUACGGUAAUCCAGACGAGACCCACAAGAUGAGAGACCCUCAAAUGUGGUUCCACAGCGGCGAUCUCGGUUUCGUCGAUGAAGAUGGGUUCAUAUAUAUUGUGGAGCGCAAGAAGGAUAUGCUCAAGUACCAGAACAUCAUGUACUAUCCCAAUGAGAUCGAGAGUGUCAUCUCGGAGAUGCCAGACGUGGCCGAGGUGUGUGUCUUCGGGGUGUGGAAUCAGAUCUCUGGGGAUGAGGCUACCGCCGCAGUGGUUAAAAAGCAAGGCAGUGCCCUUACGGCCCAGGACGUUGUGGAUUAUGUGGCAACUCACAUCGAAGCCAAGUACAAACAGUUGAACGGAGGAGCCAUCAUCGUGGAGGAUCUGGUGCGUAGUCCCAACGGCAAAACCAACCGCAUGGCCAACAAAGCGUUCUUUUUGGAGGCCAAGAAUUUAAACUAAACAAAAAACUCAAAAAAAGAUAGCUAUUCUUUUGUAUCUAAGAAAUAUAUUCAAAUAUCUCAUAAAGUAACAACAAAGUUUUUUUUAAGUAGUUAGGAGUUACUUCUUGUUUUGAAGUAUAACUGUCCCAUCUUUUGAUUGAUUUGUUUAACCUGUUUCCUUUGUCCAAGAUAUUCAACUAGAAGAUGAUAAAUAAUAAGUGGCUCGCCUAGUCAA